UGUGUGUUAACUUCAAAUAUAGCAAUAAGUUUUUAUACAUGUUUUGAGGGUUUUGUUUGAGAGCAUAAAACUUAAAAUAUUACCAAUAUUUGAACAUUGAAAACUAUUAGAGGCAAAAGUUAUUGGUGGUUACAUUUGUUAACAUUUGAGCUUUUCAUCUGCGUAGAGGCUCUUGGUGGUGUGGCUGUGCUGCCCCGCGGUCCUGGCUUCCCUUGUGAUGCCUGGAGCCAGAGCUUCCAGAUCUGCUGCCUCUUGAAAGGCAUCUGUAGAACUCAUUGUUUGUCAUCUUGGAGUGCAUUUGAAUAUUACCUGAUUUGGGACAAAGACAUUGGGGAAGGGCAGUUUAUGUCAAGUCUGCCUGUGAUGCAUCCUCACUCCAGGGUUCACGGUGCAUUUAUUGGGAUAUGUUGGUCAUUGGGUACAUAACCUCUUCAGUUGUUUUCUUAUGAAGUUUUAAUUGUUUUUGCAAUAUUGAUAAAGCUAAUAUUAGAUUUGGUUUAUGUUUACAAUACUUGGAGAAGUGUUUCUAAAGAAAAAUGUUUAAAAUGUAGCUAAUUUUAAAACCUUUUAAUGUCUUAAUUUUCAAACUAUGUUUUAUAUAUACAUAUAUAUUAUAUAUAUCUUCUAAAGUAUGGUAAAAAUUUUUAAAUGUACUUUCUGUGAUGAGAUUUGUAGUAUUGUCUUACUUCUGUCUGAUUCUGUGAAUGUUCAUUUUAAGACUCCUUGUUGAAAUGGGACAGUUUGGAAACGUUCUUUGCUAAGCCUGCGAAGAGGACUGUGGGGUGUUGACCUCUGCAUGACGUGCCUAUGCACCCGAACUGCACGCAAGGGCUCUUUCCUUGUCCAAGUGGACUCCCUCAUCAAAGGUUUGGCUCAGUCAUCCGGAGAAGGACCAGGCCGUGAACUUUGAAGAAGAGGAAUGCAGGAGGACGCCUAGUCUUACAGCUGCGAGCGAGGCUCGGACCUCAGCCCAUUCAUUUGAGUUUGCAUGUUUCUCUGCACUAUGGAUCUGAGCAUUUAGAUUUCUUUAAUCAAGUACAUCUUAACCACCAAGUAGUGUUUUCUUUUUGAGACAUUGUGCUUUGCAUGAUAAUAGGCCAAAAGUUGAGGGAAAAGUGAGGUUAAAAUUGGUUCUGUUCAUAGCAACACCUAUUGUCUGACAUUCAGCCAGCAUUUUCCCUAGUACUUUUUUUUUUCUGUCCUAUAUUCAGGAAGCAGCUAGAAUAUUCCUUUGUUAGCUCUUGGGACUUGUAGUACUGACAGCCCUCAGCCAUAGCAGUAGACCACAUAGAGGAAUAGUGGCCUUAGGUGUAACAGAUGGUACCUAAAGUUGCCCGAGGUGCUGCAAUUCUCCCUGCUCUUGAUUUCAGGAACUACAUGAACGACAGCCUCCGCACUGAUGUCUUUGUGCGGUUCCAGCCCGAGAGCAUUGCGUGUGCUUGUAUCUACCUCGCUGCCCGGACACUGGAGAUUCCUUUGCCCAAUCGACCACAUUGGUUUCUCUUGUUUGGAGCAACUGAAGAAGAAAUUCAAGAAAUCUGCUUAAAAAUCCUGCAGCUUUAUACUAGGAAAAAGGUUGAUUUAACACACUUGGAAGGUGAAGUGGAAAAGAGAAGACAUGCCAUGGAAGAGGCGAAGGCACGAGCCAGGGGGCUGCUACCUGGGGGUGCUCCACUGCUGGACAGGGCCUCCGGGCUUUCCCCUGCCCCCAGGCUGGUGGAAUCCCCCAAAGAAUGUAAAGGAAGCAAGUCUUCCCCACUCUCUGUGAAGAAUGCCAAGAGGAAAGUGGAGGGCACGAAGAAAGCCAAGGCCGACAGCCCUGUGAAUGGCUUGCCAAAAGGGCGGGAGAGUCGAAGUGGCAGCAGGAGCCGCGAGCAGAGCUACUCGAGGUCCCCUUCGCAGUCCGCUUCUCCUAAGAGGAGGUGUGUGCCUGGGACUCACCGGAAAAGCGACAGUGGCUCUACCUCUGGAGGGUCCAAGUCACAAAGCCGUUCUCGGAGCCGCAGCGACUCCCCACCAAGGCAGGCACACCGUGGUGCUCCCUAUAAAGGCUCUGAGGUGAGGGGCUCCCGGAAACCCAAGGACUGCAAGUACCCUGCCCAGAAGCCACACAGGUCUCGAAGCCGGAGCUCAUCCCGUUCUCGGAGCCGGUCACGGGAGCGGGUGGAUAAUUCUGGAAAAUACAAGAAGAAAAGUCAUUACUACAGAGAUGAGCAGCGGGAGCGUUCGGGUUCAUACGAGCGCACAGGUCAUCGCUAUGAACGGGACCAGCCUGGGCACAGCAGGCACCGGAGGUGAGGUCGACACCCUGGGGGGCCACCUUUGGACCCGCCCCCUCUGGCAAACCGUAGCUCACGUGGCCCCUAGCACACUGCUUUUCCAGAAGUGCUUUUGACUGAACCUCAAGGUGGAUUUGGAAAUGCAAUUGAGGGGAUGACAGCAAGCGCCCUUCGGGCUGGCCUGUGGCGUGGUGCCCAUCCGUGCCAGUGGAAGGCCCACCACAGCUGUGGGUGGCUCGAUGGAAAGGCAGAGACUCACAUCCCUGUCGGUGUGGCUUGGUGCUAUUGACAAGCUGUGUCUUCACUCCCAUACUGAUACUCAAUUACGUUAAGCCAAGAGAGAUGAUUUUUAGAAUCUUUGCCUAUAUUAGGUUGUACUUGUGUACAUAUUUUGCACUGUUUCACAAUGAGAAAAUGGCCUUAAUAGCCCCUUAUUCUCUAUCCAUGUUGUAAAUAAACAUGAGUUUAAUACAAGUGAAAGCUAUGUAUGAAAACCCAGAACUUCUGAGAACUUGUGUAGAGAAUUCUGAUUUUUUUAAAUGUGAAGGAAUUUAGGUGUGUGUUGAAAGUCAUAUAUUUUUAUCUGUGCAAUGCUGAGUGCAGGACAUCAGCUCCUAGAGAAGUCUCCUAUAUAUGCAUUUCACGUGGUUGAAUAAAUGUAAUUCUCAGGAUAUUUGGGAUUUCAGAGAC